UAUUAUUAUUUCCAGUGAGGCCUAGAUUAGGAGAGGUUCGUCAGUUGACUGUGGUUGGUUCUAGUUCAGUGGGUGUGGUCCAAGUGUCUUAUGGGGAGGGUAAUGAUACUCUAAAUAAGGAAUGGUUGAAUGUUUGUGGAUCAACUUCUUUUGAUCUGUUUAAUGCAAUGACACUCUGCAAGCAGCUGGGAUACGAUCAGCUUAACAAUUACACACUAGUUUCCACUGGUGACAGUAGACAGUACAGUCCUCGCUGUAGAUCAGGACAACCCCAUAUCUUAUGGUGUCCAAGAGAAGUAACUUACUGUACACAAUCACUCUCAGUUAAUUGCUCAUACUCCACCGUUAACUACUACAUCGGUCAGGUGAGACUGGUCGAUGGGCAGUAUCCAUCGGAGGGUAGACUGGAGAUAUACAUCAGGGGAUCAUGGGGCUCUCUCAGUGCUUACUCGUACUAUGGUGAUUAUAAGAUCAUGGCUGAUAGAGCCUGUAGGCAGCUGGGGUAUACUGGGGCAGCUGCUUGGAGCAUUGGAACAAUGUGAGUAACAGUGAAUGGGUCACUGUGAGUAGAUACAGUCUGUACCAGGGGCGUAGCCAGGGGGGGGCAAGGGGGGCAAUUGCCCCCCCUUUUUUUAAACUCAAAAUUUAAAAAUAAUCAAAUAAUAAGCUGCUUUUGGAAGGAAAAGCUGUUCUAAAACUUACAUAUGAAAGGAAAAGGCCAAAGCAGUCUUUCUAUGAUGCCAUUAUAAGGCUGAAAAGGUAUUCAACGUUGCUUAUGAUCGGUCAAGAAGUCCGCCAUGUUGAAAAA